GUAUGUCCGGGUGUAACCUGUGAGUGAAGGUGCACAGCGACAAGUGAUGAAACGCUAAAAAGAGAAAAGUUGAUGACAAAUGCCGUGCUUCCAACAAGACAUGGAGUGCCAAGUAUUUCUUUACAGAAAUGAAAGGUAAAGUCGUGUGCUUAAUGUGUGGUACACAGGUGGCUGUGUUUAAAGAAUAUAAUUUGAAUCGCCACUACACGACGAAGCACGAGGAAAAAUACCGGAAUCUGUCUGAUGAAGCGCGCGCAAGGGAGGCUGAUGCGUUGAUGGUAAAACUGCAAACCCAACAAGGACUUUUUGCCAAAUGUCACACCCCCAGAGAUGCAGCGGUCAGGACAAGUUUCGUCAUUUCUCACAAAAUCGCCAGAAAAACUAAGGCGUUUUCUGACGGAGAGUUUAUUAAGGAGUGCUUAUUGGACUCUGUUGCGUUGUAUGCCCGGAGACUUUGACUGUUUUUCGCUGGCUUUAGAUGAGAGCUGCGAUGUACGUGACACCGCCCAGCUGCUCAUCUUCUUACGUGGGAUAACUGCAGACUUUCAAAUCACGAAGGAGCUGGCAGCCAUGCAGUCAAUUAAAGAGACAACCACAGGUAAUGACUUGUUCACAUAGGUAAAUGCGUGUUUGGACAUGUUAGGACUUAAAUGGGACAAGCUGGCAGGUGUGACAAUCCAAUCCUAUCCACUUUAUUUAUACAGCACAUUUAAACAACAAAACGUUUCCAAAGUGCUGCACAACCAUAUUAAAAACAAUAUUCAAAUAUUAUCCUUAGCUCCACCAAUGACUGAAUAAAAACAACAAAUAAUUAAUAAUAAUAAUGGAUUCGAUUUAUAUCGCACUUUUUCUAUUGUUAGAUACUCAAAGCGCUCACAGAGAAGUGGGAACCCAUCAUUCAUUCACACCUGGUGGUGGUAAGCUACAUUUGUAGCCACAGCUGCCCUGGGGUAGACUGACGGAAGCGAGGCUGCCAGUUUGCGCCUACGGCCCCUCCGACCACCACCUACCAUUCAUUCAUCAUUCAUUUCACCGGUGUGAGCGGCACCGGGGGCAAAGGGUGAAGUGUCCUGCCCAAGGACACAACGGCAGCGAUUUUUGGAUGGUAAGAGGCGGGGAGCGAACCUGCAACCCUCAGGUUUCUGGCACGGUUGCUCUACCCACUACGCCACGCCGUCCCAAUUACAUAUAAAACCAAUAUAAAAAACAAUUGAAAAUAAAUAUGAUUAAAAACGAUUUUUAACAACAGAUGGUUGUCCAAAUCUGAUGGGGAAAAAUGUUGGAUAAUGCAGGAUAAAGUGACAGAAAUUAACCCUGUGCAGAAAUGGACAUUUUUGCAUUGUAUUAUACAUCAGGAAGUGUUGUGUAAGACAGUGUUCAAAAUAAAACCAUCAAAAGUUAAGUUAGGUUAAAUGAAAUUAUUAUUAUUAUUAUUAUUAUUAUUUAUCUUACGGUAUAUCAAAAAUAAUAUUGAGCAAAAUUUAAUUGAAAUAUUGUCGGUGUGGCCCUCCAGCAGUGCUCGGGUUGCUUAUGCGGCCCCCGGUAAAAAUCAGUUGCCCACCCCUGUGCUAGAGAGACCUGCUUUAGCCAAAACUUCUGUAUCUGGGACUUUGUCCUGCACAUUACUACAGUACAGUUGACACUGUUGAGUGUUGACAGGUUUGUACAACAGUUUGACAUUUGGAUGCAUGAUCAUGUCAACAUGCAGGAACAUGUCCCGCUGUGACUCAUGAGUGAAGAAGAGUGCAACUUCCCACACACAGAACCUCCCGGUUUCUUUGUCCGCUCAUGUCCCCGCAAAGCCACGCCCCCUUGCGCUCUCCAUGCUUUCGUGUUUAAAAAAUAAUGGAGUAGCGGGAAAGUGCGUGUGUGCUGGUUGGUGAGUCAUGCGUGGGCGUGCGGCCGCUAUGAAAAGCAGCGUGUGAGCCCAUCUGAGGACCACAACAUUGGACCUGGCUGGGACGCCCUGCUGAUUGUCUUCAUAGUCGUCUAUUUGCGGUCGAAGAUGCUGAAGACUCUGCUGACGCUCAUGUCCCUCCUGGCUCUGGCCUCCGGGGUCAAGAGACGCGGCCCCGGGGCAUCUCCGUUGGUGGCCGGCCGGGGGAGGUUCCACCUCCACGGCACCAUGAACUGCACCUGGGUGGCCCGGGAGAGCAGCCCAGACUCUGUGAGGGUGUCGGUGAAGUGCGAGGACCCUGUGGCGCGUGUCCAAGGUGGGGAGACCGACAUGGAGUGCGCCUACGACGGCAAGCCGCAGAUCUGCCCGGCCUACCGCUCCAAACGCAAGGGCUUCUGGAGGCAGAUGGGGCGCUCCUUCAAGAAGCUCGGGGCGGACAUGUGCAAGGAUGAGAAUGCGGUGGUGAGUGCGAGCAUGUGCAAGCGAGCUCCCCGCGACGCUCACUUCAAGCUGGACAUCGGGAGCUCUGUCAUCGGCGCACAGUCCGGAGGUAUGGAUCUCCCGCCCCCCGCCCCGUUCCUACCCACGCCCUGCCCUGAGACCAGGAGGCGGGCGGAGGAGUACUGCAGCAGCUCCUUGGCCAACGUGUGCGCCUUCUUUUUGAUGAUGAUGCAGAAUGACGACUGUUAGGACUCUUGCUCGACCACUUGGUGGACAUGAUGUUUAUUCCUUUGUCUUGUCUUGACAACUCAGUUGGCGCCAUUGUCUUUCUUUUCAAUAUCUAUUUUAUAUUAAAUACAGAGUAUAAUUUAUAUUGUAAAUCGAAAUGUAUAAAUAAAAUGUUCUCAUAAC